GAAUAGUUGGAUCCAAAGAACGCACGACAUUCGUGUUUUGCGGUAGAAGUGAAGCAUGAUGGCCACCAGGAGGCCCAGAGUUAAGGUGGCCGCCAAUCUUAGCAUACGCCGGCCAACAAAAACGAAUCCCAGUGCCAGUCAGUCAGACAUCGAGCUUCCCCACGACGGCCCCGUUGGCAAUGAAAAGCGUUCGGCCGAAGAAAAUGUUACGGCGCCCGGUCGUGAUCCUGCUGAUGUCGAACAGCCAGACGGGAUUGCGCCUUCCAAGCAGGCCGAUAAUGUGGUCGAGAACGAGAAACAAAAUGAUACGAAGCAGCACUUCAAACUUCCGAGACCGGUCGAUAACAACGCCAAGGGAGUAUCUUCGCUGGGCGUGAUACACGAAACAGGCUUUCUUGGAAACAUCAGUAGCGCCAACAGUGAGGACCACCCAAUGUCUCCCCGAAGACCGGAAGUACGGGGCGGUGGGUUUUCGAUACCGUUCGCCCGAAAAAGAAUUCGUACCGAGUCGCUGACCUCCAACAAAUCGCUACCGGACGGUGUGACGGUGAAUAAGGUGGCGCGAAAGAUCGCGACAAAGCAGGAAGAAACACAGAGAACGCUCGAAAACAAGAAGGAAAUCAGGAAACGCCUCACAAACAUCGAGAAUGUCGACAAACAGAACCUUACCAUGUUCGACAUGAUCUAUUACAACCCGGUCAACAAUCCGAUGGUGACAGCAGCAGCACCGUCCACGCUUACCAAGCGGGCUUCGGUCGAGAAUCUGCCCAAAUCGGUCGACGGAAGCAAUCGCGAAGGAACGCGCAGUCGCAGUGUCAGCAAGUCACGAUCUCCCACGCCGGUGCCAUCAACAACUGCGCAGCCACCGAAAGCGCCUGUACCUGUACCCCAGGUGCAGCUUACUCCGCAGCUGAAGCUCGGUCCGAACGGGGAAAUGAUACUGGACGAGGCGAGUCUGGUGAUUGAAAAUGAGCGCGAAAAGGAGAUCCGCGAAACACUCGCAAACACGGACAUAGUGUAUCAGGACGAGUUUAGUGGCAAUUCUGGCUACUACACCCGCAUUAAGCGAACGCAGGGCUGGAGUGACGAGGAAACGAUACGCUUUUACCGCUGCCUACAUACGAUUGGCACUGAUUUCUCGAUGAUGCUAAGCCUAUUUCCUCAUCGCACCAGACGUGACAUGAAGCUCAAGUUUAAAAAAGAGGAACGCCACAACUUGCAGCUUAUCAAUAAAGCACUUCAACAUCCAAAGCUUUUCAACAUUGCCGAGUUGCGCCAACAGUUCGCUGAAGAGGAUGAAGAACUCGAACGGAAGAAGGCGGAGAAGCGGCAAUUACUCGAACACGAGGCACAAAAAAGACGAAAUGAGCAGUUGCAACGAAAAUUGCUACUGAACGAAUCGAAAACCCGCAACCCAAAGAAGAUGGUUAGCCGUUCACAACGCUCCCUUAUAGAUACGCACGAACAGUUGACUGAUAGCGAACCACCGGCACCAUCAUCCCCACCUGUGCUAGUUUCCCCAGCACCACCAGCUUCACCACCCGUUCCAGUGUCACCAACAUCACCAUCUGCCCUAGCAGUAUCACCGCCAGUAGUACCACCAUUGCCUUGCCCUAAACGGAGCCAACGGAUACGCAAAAAGUCACGCAAAGCAUUGGCGGCGAGCCUUGAGGAAGAUUCGGAUAGCAGUCAAGACCCAAGCGUCGUAUCGCAACCUUACAUCCCGAACGGCAGCGUCGUUGAUUCGCCCAACAUCGAUACUAAUGUUGCACACUGUGAGCAAGUCGAAGACCUAAUACCUAACCCGCCGCCCACUCUGGACGUGGAGCAAUCGUCAUUGUUGCUGGAACUUGAAUCCGAUUCAGCAUCUGUGAUAACGCUGCAAAAUCUUGACGAUCAGAGCCGCACAACUCGUCGCCGCCGUAAAGACUCUCGAACCACGGUGCCUAUCCAACUGCCGCCUGCCGCAGUAAAAUACGAAUCAGACGUGGAUCUCGUUUAUUUUACUGCGCCAGACGAAGAUAGUGUGGCGGUAGCCGGGCCCUUAAAAACGGAUACCUAUAUAAAAGAGAUGUGCGCCGAUGAUCAACUGCCCGGUGGUGGUCUACAGAAUGCCCUCGAUAGCAUAUGUUCAGAACUUUCCGCGGCAGCAGUAGGCAAUGGUGAAACUAUUUCUGGCACAGCACAAACGGCAACACAGCCCGAGAAUGAUAUUACUCUAGCAACGCAGGAGUCGGUGACGGUGGAACAAACGAUCGUUGUGAAAAGUGUCGAGUAUGAUGAGUGUGGCGAAGCGUUCGAGGAUAAGUGUGACGAAACAGUUAACACUGGUGGUGGCACAGACCCAGGAAGCCUAUCUUUGCUGGAAACCCAAUCGUGCAGUGCAGAAGGUUCCUCAUUACCAUGGCAUACGCGAUCAGAGAGUAGAGCUGCAUCCAGCAAUAGGGGCGAGAAGCAAGCAACGCAUGGAGCGGAAGCCGACUAUGAUGAGGAUGGUGGUUUUUCGCUUGAAGACAUUGACAUCAAUUCGCUGGUGUUGGUGGAAAGUCAGGAUGCUAACGAACCAAACAAAACUAUCUACGAGAUUUACGUAUCAGCACCGGAAACGGGACAACUGAGUGAGAAGCCGCUCGAUGUUCCACCGGAUGUCAUCGAAAACAUACGCCUCAUAUUGGAGGCCGGCGAUGCUAGCAGUGAUGCAUAAUGGCGGUUGCAUGAAAAUCGGUAAAGUCGAUGGAAGCAGCAUCUAUUCUCCCUUUUUUUUUCUUACGUUCCCUGCUUCUG